ACAUUUCAUAUCUGAGCACACUAUAAUGGCAGUAUUUACUUCUCAGGGGCAAGUUGGUGGCCCAUGUCUUUACAUGCCUGCUACGCGGCGCCAAAACCAUCAAUGUCGAAAGGAAUUUGGCCUUCCAAAUGCAAUAUUCGAAGCUCGACGACUAGCUACCACGCAUUGUGAAAGUCAAUUUCGAUACGACCGUUGGAAUUGUUCCAUUGAAACACGCGGAAAACGAAACAUUUUUAAGAAGCUUUACAAAGAAACAGCAUUUGUACAUGCUCUUACCGCUGCUGCUUUGACACAUACUAUCGCACGAUCUUGUGCAGAAGGUCGCAUGACUAAAUGUAUUUGUGGUCCGCGAAAACAGAAUAGAAUUGGUCAAGAUUUCCAGUGGGGUGGUUGUAACGAUAAUUUGAAGCACGGCAAGAGAGUAACAAGAAGCUUUCUAAGUUUACGCGACACCGACGAGGACGAAGUUUCUGAAAUUUUGCGACACGACUCAGAGGCAAGUCCACAAUAUCGAUUUAGAUGCAUUACUUUUUUUACGCAUAUCACAUUCGCACUUUAUUUAACCCAGGCGCAAGUAAUUUUAACAAAAACGCAAAUGAAAUAUAACUAAACGUAAAUCUAGUUGAACUAAACGCAUUUCAAUUAA